CUGGGGAACAGAGGAAGAGGAAGGGGUGGAGUUGUCUUGCGGCUGGACGCGGAGCAGUCAGCCGGCUGCAGCCGGGCUAGUCAGCUGUUCCUGGCGCUGCCCGGCUCCUUGAGAGCUAGCGCCUAGACCGGCGGGACCCGGACAGGCGAAGAAGCCUGUCUAGGAACGCGGGCAAUGCCCCGCCACGGAAUAUCUCCCGGCGAGGGCCACCCCAGGUCCAGCUGGGAGACGGAAUCGGACCGGUCCCGGGGUUCCCCCAGACUGAGGCUUCUGUGGAUAGGCCUGGCUGUGGCGCUGGCCCUGCCCGACUCCCUCGUCCUCUGGGCCCCAGCUGGGGCCCACCCUCUUCCCGCCCAAAGCCAUCCUGCCAGGUUCGGUCGCUUAGUGCCCCAGCUCCGCAACGCCUUUGGGUGGUGGAAUCUCACCUGCCCAGUCUGCAAAGGCUUGUUCACCGCCAUCGACUUGGGGCUGAAGAAGGAGCCUGGUGUGGCCUGGGUGGGCUCCAUGGCCACCAAGCUCUGCAAACUGCUGAAGAUAGCACCACCCACUGUGUGCGAGUCCACCAUCCAGCUCUUUGAAGAUGACAUGGUGGAAGUGUGGACACGCUCAGUGCUGAGCCCAUCUGAGGCCUGUGGUCUGCUCCUGGGCUCCACCUGUGGGCACUGGGACAUCUUCUCAUCUUGGAACGUCUCUUUGCCAGCCGUACCAAAGCCUUCCCCACAACCACCCAAGCCCCCAGCCCCAGGCGCCCCUGUCAGUCGCAUCCUCUUCCUCACUGACCUGCACUGGGAUCAUGGUUACCUGGAGGGCACAGACCCUGACUGUGAGAACCCACUGUGUUGCCGUCAGGAUUCUGGCCUGCCACCUGCCUCCCGCCCAGGUGCUGGAUACUGGGGCGAGUACAGCAAGUGUGACCUGCCCCUGCGGACCCUGGAGAGCCUGUUGAGCGGGCUGGGCCCUGCUGGCCCCUUUGAUAUGGUGUACUGGACAGGAGACAUCCCCGCCCACAACGUCUGGCACCAGUCACGUCAGGACCAGCUUCGGGCCCUGACCACCAUCACAGCCCUUGUGAAGAAGUUCUUGGGCCCAGUGCCUGUGUACCCUGCUGUGGGCAACCACGAAAGCACACCUGUCAAUGGCUUCCCUCCCCCCUUCAUAGAGGGCAAUUACUCGUCCAGCUGGCUCUAUGAGGCAAUGGCCAAGGCAUGGGAGUCCUGGCUGCCUGCUGAAGCCCUUCACACCCUCAGAAUUGGGGGGUUCUAUGCCCUCUCCCCACAUCCUGGCCUCCGUCUCAUCUCUCUCAAUAUGAAUUUUUGUUCCCGUGAGAACUUCUGGCUCUUGAUCAACUCCACAGAUCCUGCUGGACAGCUCCAGUGGCUAGUCGGGGAGCUUCAGGCUGCUGAGGAUCGAGGAGACAAGGUACAUAUAAUUGGCCACAUUCCCCCAGGGCACUGCCUGAAGAGCUGGAGCUGGAAUUAUUACCGAAUUGUAGCCAGGUAUGAGAACACCUUGGCUGGUCAGUUCUUUGGCCACACCCACAUGGAUGAGUUUGAGGUCUUCUAUGACGAGGAGACCCUGAGCCGACCGCUAUCUGUGGCCUUCCUGGCACCCAGUGCCACCACCUACAUCGGCCUUAAUCCCGCCCGCCCUCCUUGCAGGUUACCGGGUCUACCAAAUAGAUGGCAACUACCCGGGGAGCUCUCAUGUGGUCCUGGAUCAUGAGACCUUCAUCCUGAACCUGACAGAGGCUAAUGAACCAGGAGCCACGCCACAAUGGCAGCGUCUCUACAGGGCUCGAGAAACCUACGGGCUGCCCAGUGCGCUGCCUGCCGCCUGGCAUGACUUAGUGUACCGCAUGCGGGGUGACACGCAACUAUUCCAGACCUUCUGGUUUCUCUACCAUAAGGGCCACCCGCCCUCAGAGCCCUGUGGCAUGCCCUGCCGCCUGACCACUCUGUGCGCCCAGCUCUCAGCUCGCUCUGACAGCCCUGCUCUAUGUCGCCAUCUGGUGCCGGAUGGAAGCCUCCCUGAUGUCCAGAGCCUGCAGCCAAGGCCACCUUUCUGCUAGCACCCCCAGGGCCCAGAGUUGGGAAGGUGGAAUUUGUAGGAGAGGAGCAAACCCCCCAGAUGACAGCUGUGGUAAGAAGAGCAUCCGGGCCCCGAGCACACCAGGGAAACAGGACCUUCUUUCAUGGAGCUGGUGUGGCUAAAUACAGGAGGGGGCAGCUGCUCUGCCUGUGCCCAGCAUCUAAGCUGCCCUGGGACUGCUGCCUUUCAUGGCUGUGGAGCAAAGGCCUACGUUGGCACUGCCCCAGCGGACCCGACAGGAGCUGGGCUGGCCAGCCAGGAACCCUGCACUGCUGCUGUUGUCAGGUUGCCAGGCUGUUAAAAUAAAGAUAAAAGACUUGGAUUCCAGA